AUGGUUGUAGCUGUGCCAGCAACGUUCACCAACUCAAUCUUACAAUAUCUCCAAGGUAGUCUUGCUCUUAGAUACAGAACAAGACUUACGGAGCAUAUAUUAAAACAAUACUUACCUGAUUCGGAAAAUCCGGUUUAUUAUUCUAUUCACAAUUUGGACGACCGAAUCACUAAUGCCGACCAACUUAUCACAGUUGACGUGCUACGAUUUGCCACAAGCCUUUCUAGCCUGUAUCCUAAUCUAGCAAAACCCUUGCUAGAUAUGGUUUUAUACUCUUGGAAACUGUCUAGGAACAUUGGCGGAGAAAACCUGUUCUUGAUUGGGUCGGCUAUUCAGCUCUCGGCAUAUGUCCUAAGGGUCCUGACACCUCCAUUUGGAAAAUAUGUAGCUGAAGAGGCACAAUUAGAAGGCGACUACAGAUUCCAGCAUUCGCGGUUGAUUGAAAACUCAGAGGAGAUCGCUUUAUAUGGUGGUCAUCAUGUGGAAAAGACUGUUCUGGAUAAGUCUUACUUUACAUUAAUCAAAUAUGUUAAUUAUGUGCUACGCAAAAAACUUUAUCAUGGGUUCUUGGAAGAUUUCAUUAUCAAAUAUUUCUGGGGGGCUCUAGGACUUACUUUAUGUGCUAUUCCAGUAUUUUUUAAAAUUCCAGGAGGUGCCGGUCUGGUUGUCGCCGACAGAGCGCAAGGGUUUGUAACAAACCGCCGUCUGUUGCUCAGCAGCUCUGAUGCAUUUGGCCGAAUAAUGUUUUCAUACAAGGAAGUAGCCCAGUUGGCUGGAUACACUGCUAGAGUCAGCUCUCUCCUUGAUGUUAUGGACGAUAUAAACUCAGGCCGGUACGACAAGAACCUCGUAUCUUCAUCCGAAUCCUCAGCACAGAGCCAUGAGAUUACUCUGCGGGGACAGGGUGAAGUUCAACUUGGUCCUGAUAUUGUUUUUCAUGAAGUUCCCAUUGUUUCUCCGAAUGGUGAUGUGCUUGUGAAAAAGCUAUCAUUUUCAGUCAAACAAGGCCAUCAUCUCCUCAUUGUGGGACCAAAUGGUUGCGGCAAAUCAUCUCUAUUCCGAAUAUUAGGCGGAUUGUGGCCUGUUCAUGGAGGCUCAUUAACUCGACCACCAUCCGAAGAUAUUUUUUACAUUCCUCAAAGGCCAUAUCUUUCUCGUGGGUCCCUUCGGCAACAGAUUAUUUAUCCCAACAGCGAAGCAGAAAAUACCGUUUCAGAUGAAGAGCUCUUACAGAUUUUAGCAAUAGUUCAAAUAGACGAUAUCGUGCAAUCUGUAGGAGGCUGGGAUGUUGAGAGGGAAUGGAGAGAGGACCUCAGUACUGGUGUUCAACAAAGAAUAGCAAUGGCGCGCCUCUUUUAUCAUAAGCCCAAGUUUGCAAUUCUAGACGAAUGCACUUCGUCGGUAACUUUAGAUAUUGAAACCAUUAUGUAUACGCAUGCAAAAGAUUUAGGCAUUUCUUUGCUGACGGUUUCUCAUCGAUCGAGUCUGUGGAAAUAUCAUAACUUAAUUCUUCAGUUUGAUGGAAGUGGUGGUUAUGUUUUCACUGACCUAGAUGCUGAGAAGAGACUCAAGUUGGAAGAAGAGAAAUUAGCACUGGAUAUGAAUCUUCGUCGCGUACCUGAAUGGGAAGAACGUUUAGAAAUGAUACAAGCCUUGUAA